AUGAACUCAAUUUAUGGGCGUAUUGGACUUGAAUUAAUGCGUGCCGUUGCACAUGCAUUUAACUUAGAUGCUUCGUAUUUUGAUAAUUUCCUUGAUGAUCGAUCUGUAGGAGGCGCCGGCACUGUCUCUACUUUACGUCUUAAUUACUAUCCAAAACAAGACAAUUCAGUUGCCGUAACAGUCGGCGCACAUGAUAAUCAACCUUUAUCUUGUGAAGAACAUUGUGAUAGUAGUAUUUUUACAGUUCUGUAUCAACAUGAAGUUGGCGGUUUACAAGUCGAAAUGCAAGAUGGAACAUGGAUUGAUAUACCUAUUAUACCUUAUGGUCUUGUUGUCAAUACAGGUCGAUGUUUAGAACGAUGGACAAAUGGACAUUUGAAAGCAGUGAACCAUCGUGUUAAAUUUUUAAAAGAAGAACGUAUUUCGAUACCAUUUUUUUUGGAAGCAUGUUAUACAACACCUAUUGUUAUACUCCCAACAAUAGAUGAAAAACCCAAAUAUGAACCGAUUACUUAUGGACAAUAUAUCAUAGAAAGUAGUAAACAAUUCAAAGAAUAUCAACGAGAUUAA